UGUCGAUGACCUUUCGCCGUCGAGUUGUGCAGCGAGACCGCAGAGCCAAUCGCCAACAGUUUUGCCACGAUUUUGUCGGUGUUUACCUCCUGCACUCCGGUUGCUCUCGGGAACCUGUUUGUUGCAGGUAGCGAACGGCUUUGAACAGCGCGAUCGUUCGCGCCAAGUCAGUCUAGCUCUAGGCGCGGAGGUGGAUUACCACGAGGCUUGGCGAGGAGAUCGUGAAGGCAGUGGAGGCAGUGGCCACUCUAGUAGCUCCUCCAGUAUAUCAACACACGUGAGCUCUCCCUCGUCCACCUCUUUUGCAGACGACUCUACGAAGGACUUGAGGACCGAAAUUCCACGUAACCCUUCUCAGAACGGCAGCCCUAUUCAAGGGGCUUGGAGUGCUGUAUCCACAGAGGGGAAUAUCGGGACAGAGUUGCAGUUUAGUACUAGUGCGUUUCUUGCUUCUGGUACUCCUCAAAAACCCGUCCCGGGUGGAGGCAGUGGCGCUUCAUCG